GCUUGCCUGCUCGCUCGCUCGCUCGCUCGCUAACGGGUGCGUGCGGCCAAUGAUGAACGUCGUUACUAUGAAAACGGUGGAAAGCAGAUCGAAAACAUAAAAUGGCAGCGCACGCAUCGACGAGAGUCUCAACGUGGGAAUAAUUGGCCCAUCUCGCUCCACUACGUGGCUCUCACGAUUGCGCCAUCUCACUCCAAUGAAUCGCACAGCCAAGAAUGAGCGCGCACCGUGCAGCGAGUGUUCAUUCAUCGGCGUUUUGCCGUCAUCUCUUUCGCACCGGGCGUUCUUCGCACGUGCACGACAAGGAAGGGGAAUCAAAGUCGCUCGCUCUCGCCAUCGCCCGUGCUGGGUGUUUGUUGUGUUGUGGAAAGCUUUUCCACCGAGAAACGCGUUUGUUCCAUCGAAGGGAAAGGACGGUUCGGUAUUUUUUGUGUCUGCCGUCGUCGUGUACAGGUCGCUCUGCCUGCGGACGCAACCGCAGUCGCCGUUAAUUCCCGGUCGUCCUCGCUAGAGCAUCCGAAUCCCGACGGGUACGUGCUGUGUUGUGAGUUGUGUAUAAUUUCCGAUGAAUUUAUUCGUGAAACUACUGUGCGGAAUGCCACAAGCUACGGCGAAAAACAAUCCUUUUUUCGUGCAAACAAGAAGCUGUAACAGGGUGUGUUUAAUACUUUAGUGCUGUUCUAACAAGUGUCGUGAAAUAGUGCCAAUCAAAUGCAUAGAAUUAUUGGUCAAAGCAAAAGGAAAACAAAAAUGUACUGAACGUCGUGUGUUCUCCGUGCCUAAGCUUGUGGUGUUGUUUUCCGUCGAAAUCUAGUGCUGAAACGAUGCAACAAAAAGUGCCCAAUUUAAAGUGAUCUCCGGGGCAAGGAGCAUGUCGUGAAAGGGAAGAAAUUGUGUAGAGUUUUUUUUUUUGUUAACUGACCACAGUAAACUACGACAGUAUUUUCAUAUCGGAAGACGUUUCAGCAUAAAUUCACCAUCCGUCUAGAUUGUAGUUAUCUGUACACAAGCCUAAUCACGAAAUGUACCGGAUGCUACCAUCUUAAACGCUAUUUCGUUUUUUUUUAUGAAAACAUCGCCAUCAGCACGGGACCCCGUCUUCUGCAUACAUUGUUGUUGGUUUUGUAGACCGGCAGCAGCUUCCAUCUGAUGUACUGUUGUACAACCCGGAUCGAAUGUUCAUCUUGAGGUUGGAUAUACAUCCUUUUACGUAUUCGACGAAUCCAUCCCCCCGCGCUGCCGGUUUACAUGGGGUGCAUAUUAACUGCAAUCGUUUCGCAAUGUUCGUGGUCAUCAUCGAAUCAUCACCACAGUACAAAAAAGCAAGAGGAUAAGGUGUUGCGUUUGCGUGUUGUAUGAAUAGGGUGACACAAGGAAGACGCGCAAUUUUACAGACACAAACACACAUUCCAACGUUGCCUGGCAACCGCCCAAUACAAUAAAAAGGGGUGACCAGGAAGUUAAAGUCAGCUGCAGCACGACUCUGCGCAUCCAUUUGCACCGAUCUGUAUAACGUCUCCUGACACACAAACAAGGAUAUUAAACACAACGAAAUCCAUUGCCAAAAGAAUACCCAUCAACAUUGGCAAUGAAUUUAGUGGUGGAACUCAUUUCUUUAGUGUUUCGAGGAUUUCACUUCAGUGCCUAAUACCGAAACUGGAAGUUGAUUGGACAUCCAAAAAAGAAUAUUGCCUUGUAUCAAACGCGAUACAUACUAAUCUCUGCAUACGGUACCGGAAUUAGUAGAACGUGUUGCGAAAAAAAAAGAAUGAGAAAGAGAGAGAAUCCCGAGACUACAUGGAUACCCAAUAGCCAACGCUACUACGAUCUCGAUUGUUACUAGCUGCCGAAAAGGUUCCACAGCCGAUGCUGUGUUUACAGUAGAAUGCUCAAGUGUUGUGCACUGCACGUCAUUGCAUUCGAAAUUCGAGUUGGGCAGAAAUGAAGACGAAAUACCACGCCAGUAACAGCAGCAGCAAGUUCCUCCACAUGCCCACCGUUGUUCGUGCAGCACAUUUGCAAUCUAUCGUUCGGCUUAACCGGCGUCCUUACAAUCAACCACGUACCGAUUCGGCGCUCUAGGAAAGGAACCGCAAAGAGUGCAACGAGCAAUCGUAUCGAGUGCCUCCUACGGUUUAUCGAACCGCGUGCGCUGCUGUGUGCCGCGAGUGACGCCAUGUACGUUAUCAACCCAGCGCCGGCAUCUCAGGACCUACAACCCACCGCCAGCAGCUACGUGACAGCACACCGUCCGAACAGCCCCGAAUCGAUCGAACUUCAGCAGCAGCAGCACAAAGAAAUUCUCAGCCAAAUACUGACAAAAUGCAACGCCGACAUGUCGGAGCAGGUGGCCAAUUUUAGCUGCCCCGAUGAGAAGACUCCCCCUCGAUCAACUGCGGCAGUAGUGAAGGAAGGCGCUAAGCAGCACUCCCCAUCGUCUACUCCUCGGGCACGACCAAAAGACUCCUCACCGUGUACCGACGAGCAGCAGUUGCACAGUUUGAAACAAAAUACUGAACCUAGCAAAGAAACGAGCAGAUCACCUGUUGGAGAAAGAGACGCAGGACGGCAAGGUAGCACUGCGGAUGGUGACGUCCGGUCACCAUCAGCCACAUUCAAACGGAGCACAUCGCCCGACGCUUCGCCACUUUCUACCGCAAGCUCUUCCAAUGCGGCUUCUCUUUCGCCAGAGUCGUCCGAUGGGCCGGCGAAACCUUCGCCAAAAUCGGAACAAUUGACUGAAUCGUUAGCACCCGCGUCCAACUUUGCCAGUGUGGUACAUCCAAAGGAACGAGCCCUGAAAUCGAUCGCUGCUGCAGCAGCAUCGAAUGAACGGAAUAAUGCUUCGGCGAAUGGUGGUAGUAGUACGACAGGGUCGAAAACAUCCACCAAAUUUCCGGGAACAGGACGAACCAUGUCAAAUGGCGUGACCAGCAGCCCGUUUCCUCCCGUUACGACCACCGUUGGGACGAGUACGGCGUCUGGUGGCAGAUUACAGUUUUUCAAAGAUGGAAAAUUCAUCCUGGAACUUGCCCGCGCGCGGGAAGGCGAAAAGACCAACUGGAUUUCGGUGCCGCGGAAAACAUACUGGCCACCGACGGUUUCCUCCACCAGUGCCAGCUUUCACAAGCACGAAAGCUCCACCUCUCUCAGCUUUUCGGAUGAUAACAGCUCCAUUCAGUCAUCGCCCUGGCAGCGGGAUCACUGCUGGAAACAAUCGAAUCCUCGUCCGAACAUUUCGAAGGAACUGUCGCUCUACUAUUUUCGGCCGUUGAAAGCUCGAGUUCGACCACCGUCCCAGGAUACCCGCUUACGGUGGCGCCGGAAACGACGUCGUCCCUACGAGUCAAGUUUUCCAGCGGAAGCAGCAUCAAAGGUUCCAACGAAUUUAUCGAAUGGAUUAGAGGUUGUGGAAAACGGCAAGAGCGAAACGAGGAAGAAAGAAAGCAAACUGUCAACGGAUGGAAAUGGUGAAGUCGCUCCCGAAAGCCAUUCUGAAGAAAUGUCCAAUGGCACUGCAACACCGAUGGACACGUCCGAGGUAGCACCGGCAAGUGAGGACGUGGAGCGAAGUGACUCCCAGCAGCCUAACCCAGAAGAAGAUCGACCGCAAAGCAAUGGACAUCAUCUACCACCAAAUGGUACCCAUCUGCGAGCAUCUCAUCGUCGCAAACGUCCCGAAGGGAAGGAUCUUAUUUCAAUCAUCCAAACGCUCAUCGAGCAACAACAAACGAAAGUCUCCAACUCUUUAACGUCUUCGGCGGCGGUGGGUCCAUUUCGCUUGGGAACGAUAGCGGAACGUGGAAACAAUGGUGGCAGUAGCUUUCGUAGUUCCGUGUUUGCGAGUUCGGCCGCUUCGCAGCAUGUUUCUCCUCGCAAAAGAAUUCUCCGCGAGCUGGAGAAGGUUUCGCUAGACGAUGUUGGAAGCAGUGGCACCAGUAGCACGAAACGAUCUCGUCCGAAGUCGGGCUCCGCUGCAGGAACGCCCGUCAUAGUCACGGCAACGACUGCAACGCCUCUGUCAACGCUGCCGACGAAUGGUACGGGAAGUCCUUUGAACGGCGGAACAGCUACUUCGCACGGUAGCAGCAGCAGCAGCAGCAAAGCAAGUGGUCAUCUCAAUGGCUCUGGAUCUAUUGCCAAUGGUACAGCUGGAGGCACCGGCAAACAGUCGAUGAACGGCGCGGGAAGUAGCUUGUCGCCGGCGUCCAAAACUGCUCCAACAGCGCCGGCUCCGGUGUCGAAGCCUUUUAGCAGCUACAGCAUAACUUCACUCCUUGGCCACAACAGCACGAGCACCAACAGUGGAGAGUCAUCUUCCUCAGCGCACGCCGCCUCGUUUGAUGCGGUGCAGCGCAAAACGGACGCAUCGGUGGCAUCGGUCACAUCAACAGCUAGUCAUCAUCACUAUCACCAUUCGCAACAUCCGCUCUCACCACACCACCACCAGUAUCAGGGACUGACGGUGGGUUCCAAAUCGCCUGUAAUGACGGAUUCCUCCCAUCAUCACGCUCACUACCAAGGACAGCUAGGAGGGGGAUCGAAUCGCUACGGUGCUGGAUACAGCACCAAGAAACGAUCGCCCAGCUACGGAGGAGGUAAUGGGACAGCCGCAUCCCCGGGGGCAACUUCUUCCGCCGGAAGUGGCAGUGUAGAUCCGUACGGUAAUACGAUCCGAUCGCCCGAUCUAAGCCCUAGUCCCGAGCAUCAUCAUACUCAUCAGCAACAUUCUCAUCACUCCGCGCACCAUCAUACGCCGGGGUCAGUGUCCAACAGUGGUGGUGGUGGCGGUUUUUCGCGCUACCGCCAGCACCCGUACGGCGGUAGCCCAAGCAGCUACUCUUCUGCGCCCUCGUCUUCUCGCUUUUCCCCUUCGCCCAGUACGAACGACUCAGCGACAACGCCACCCUACUCAGGAUCUGGUGCGCGAUCGGCACUUUCCUAUCGAACUGCCCAUCAGCUGGGUGGAAGUGGCAGUCAGGGACAUUCUCCACCGGCGAGCAACGGGUCGCCCCAACAUUAUUCCCGUGCGUCACCGUUGAAUUUUGGUCGAGCAGCUCAGCAUUCGUCGCCGCCGCCGCCGCAACAUAGCCGCAAUGCCGGCACGUCCUCAUCGCCCCGUGCAUCCCCAAAUGGUGGUGUCACAACGAGUCACGCUACUACGCCGACGUCUGCCAUGGCAUCAUUGACGACUGGAGUGUCGCCUAGCAGCACCAUACGAACGGUGCCGAAGAAGACGGCAGCUCUCCGGCAACCAUUUGCCGGUGGUCAUUCACCUUCCUCUUCAUCACCAUCCCGCGAACGUUCCAACUCGAACGCUUCCAGCUCGUCGGUCAAGAAAGAACCGGAAGGAUCGGAUUCGGUCGAUGGGCCUUCCCUGAGUCACUACGGCGGGCCACCAUCUACAUCGCCGGCCGGUGUAAUCCGACCGAACACGAUGAUUGCAUCGCCGACUGCACAUCAUCCGGUUGCGAAUCCAUUCUACCCGCUGUAUCCAACGCAGCUUGCUGCCGCAUCCUCCGCCUCGCCGUCGAUGAAUCCUUCCGUUGUGGCCGCCGCGGCCGCCGCUGCUGCCAGCUCCGUGCCGUUCCAUCCGGCGUCGCUUUCCUACUACCAGCACAUGUACAACGCGGCCACGAUGGCAUUUCGCUCCCCGCUCUGGAUGCACUAUCCCGGACUUUCAGUACCGCACGCUCCGCACGUGGUACAAUCACCACACCAUCUACCACCAUCUUCCUCGGCCCCGCCUACCAUCCCGCUCGCUGAUCGCCAACGCAUGAUCGAUCGGUCUGCUGCACCAUCGCCCCCGCCCGCACCACCGGCAUCUUUAGCGUCAAUCAAGGCGGAACCAACGGAUUCGCAACGAUUACAACAUUCCAUCCUAGCCACGCCAAGUACGACAGCAGCCGCCGCACUCAACUACAGUGUUACCGCGCUUUCGGCGUCCUCGCGGGACAUCCUCAACAAUGGUGGCAGUGCGUUCUCCUCACCGGGUGGAUCGAACUGGCCGACCGAUGCCGUAGGCUAUCAGCACCAUCCGGACCAUAUCUCGCAUUCGGCUGUCGGAGCGUCCGGAGUAGUGUCGGCAACCGCCAAAGAUGAGCCCAGCAAUGGUGAGUGCCUGCAAGGGCUGCGAUCAUCAUACGUCCCUCUAAAUCUGUCCAAACACUAGAGGACAACCAACCACACCCAGCCAAAGGCGAACAAACGAACAACAACAACAACAACAACAACAACAGCCACCAAACGGAGCCCGAGUGAUCUGAUUCCGUGAUUUCGGUGCCGUAGAUCGUGCACACUAUCGGAACGGAACGGACAACCGUCACCGGGCUUUGUUUGUGCUUAAGAAGCAAGACCAAAAUAAGAGGACAAAAGACAGCGGCGGCAUAUCACGUGCGCACAGCAGGAGAAGCAGCAGGUCCAACAGUCGACGGUGUAACUAUUCCUCUUCCAGAAGGGCAUGCGACGGUGGUUGGACGUUGGACGUUGGGAACUGCCUGUUAGGAAACGGAUGUAGUAUGAUAGAAACGCCGCCAAUAGUAUUAAGAACCAAGCUUAACUUAUAAUUGCUGAAAUAUUGCGGACAAACCGAAGGCUUGUCAUUUCCGCUGCAAGCACUCCGAGAUCGAGAAGUGUGUGGUGGUAGCAGCUGGGGAGAUUAUUUUUGUAACGCAGGAGGAACACAAGAAUCAACCUAAAAGAGAUACUAUUUUUGCUAAGUAACAUUUGAAAGGGAGGUGUGUAUGUGUGCAUUGGCACACAGGAACAAGUCAGUCAAUCGUGUGGAACAAAUAUCAUUGUAUUGCUUGUAGUGUCUAAAUUAUACAUAUGUUAUUGUGGUGAAGCGUAUCAGCUGUUAAAGCCACAAAACAAAUCUAAGUUCUGGAGUUCGUCGUCCAUAUGGCGGCACUCCAGAGUUUUAGAGUGUCCUUAAGCGGGAGAUCAAUUGUUCAGGCUUCGUGACGUAAAAUGAAUCGUGUGCAUGUGUAUGUGUGUACAUUUAGCUUACUGGCGUAAAAUAAGUUUUAAAGUACCUCUGGACCAGGCGCGCUUUCCGCAUUUUACCGGAAUCGUGUCCACUUGCAGUCAGUGUUCCGUGUGUGGCAGCAGCUGAAAAUUGCCCGGAGGUCAAUUGUGAGAUCCACAUGGUACGCAGUUCCGCAAACCCAUUCCGCAAAUCGUGAUUUUAAACGCACAGGAGCGAUCAUUCGUCUGUGUGUGUUUGUUAAGCUAGCUGCUAAGGGCAUCCCCCAAAACCCGAUAUUAUUACUAGUGAGAUCGGUCUGUAAUGUGCAAUCGUUGUGAUAUUGCAAGUGUUUUGAUGUGCAGUGUGUUUGUGCAUGUUUAAUAAUAUUGCACCGGGAAGCAGGUGUAACGGGAGGAAAACGAUCGCACAUUAAAUGCUCUGGUGCACGGAACAUUCGAACAGCGCGCGAGGGAGUGAUCGAGCAAGUGAGUGAUCAUUUGAAAAUCGCCCUUUUUGGAAAAGAAAUCGAAUCUCACGUAGAUUAUAGCAACACAGCAACAAGCUAAGUGGAAAACGGUAAUUACUUGCUUGUUUGUCUGUUUUUCCGGACACACAUCGAAAACGUAAAAUGCGAACCACUUCUCGUGUUUCUCUUGCUACACAGACUGAAACCAAUUUACUCGUAGAUAUCGUUAUGAGCAGCGCUGCAGCAGACGGCGGAAGAAUAUUUAACGCGCGUUGGGGGGCACUAUUUACAAAAUACAAUUUUGGACAUUGAUAGGAGUUUCAUAUAACAAAACAAACAAAAAAACACAUCACAAACACGGAAAGCAUACAAAAAACACUAUAUCGGAAAGAUUUCGAGAACAAAAUACAAAAAAGAAACGACAAAUGAAAAGAUAGAGGAAAUAUUUUUCGCUAUUUUUAUACAACCACUUUGAGAGGGCCGGCCGUUUAUGAUAGAACUAUUUGCAUUCAAAAAUGAAUACAUAUAUACAUAUAUAUAUAUACACACAAAAAUUUACACAUCUCUAUAUAUAUAUACAAUCACGUGUCCAAAGCCGAAAGAGCGAUACUUAUGGUCCUGUGUCGUUUGCCACUUGCAAAGCACGGAUAAAGAAAUACACUUGUGUGUAAUGAGAGUUUUCAAAAUUUGGAUAAACUUUUAACCUCUCGAAAACAAAACAAAACGAAACUGGAACAAUGAACAAAAUCAAGUAACAAAACCAAACAAAAACACAUAUUGCGUGCCUUUGAACGAAAAACAUGGAAACAAAAACUACAAACACUUACGAAACAAAGCAAAACAAAGCUGAUAGAACCCGAAACGAAACUGAAACAACCGAACAGUCCGGAAAAGGAACAAAAGGAAACAGUAGUACAUUGAUCAAGUAUUGUUGGACGAACGAACUGUAACGAACUGCUGUAAUCAUCGAUCAAAAGCAACAAUUAGAAGGAUGAGCUAGAUCAAAGGAAAAUACAUACAUCUACCGAGUCGAUCGACGAGUCAAGGGUCUAGGUUGCCAAGGAACAGCUUUGUUUGGCUAUAUUUCCACCAAGCAUUGGGAUGCAUCCUCGGGCAUAGGAGGAGAGUACGUUAGGCGCGACACGACGGUUUAUGGAUGAACAGAAUCAAUCCAACACUUAGUGAGUGAAAAUAUCGGCCACUGUAAGCAGAUGUUCAAGAUGAAGUGGACCAUUUCCUCCAGGUACGGAUGGAUCUGUUGCACUUUUUCAUCUUUUUUUUAAGUUCAGAAAAAAACAUGGGACAGAAUCCAGUUCUAUCUGCAAACAUUCCACUUAAUCUUGAACAGUGCAGCACAGGAUGGACUGAAUUUUUGAAUCGAAUGGCGCUUUUACUAACACCAUUGUUUCUUCUUCUGCUUCUUUGCCAUUCGUUUGAGUCAGUUUAAAACAAAACUCUAAAAAGCACCCUUGUGACAAUAACCUUAUUUAGCAAGCAUCGUGGUUUAUACUGUUACUGGUCAUAAAUUUGAGCUUGGGUGCAAAUACUCGUUGUCUCUUCGAAUUAGAGUUUCGUCGUUGCUCUAAACAUAUUCUUGUGGGACAGUUCCUUAGCUGAGUAUGUUUAGACCAAACGUAAAGAUACUCAAUUGGCGGACUGCAAAUUAAUUGUCAACUGAUUAUUCGUUGGCGGAACAGGCAAGCAAAUGGAAGAAAUGUUGGUCAUUAGUGUAGCGUUUGGUCAUCAGAAUUGUCUUAUUGAAAUCCAAUCGUCGAUCCUCUUCAUUCAUAGACCUGGCGGAUAAACGUAGGCACGACAAAUGCUGUUGGAAAUAUGGCGCUAUGGUGCCAAAGGAAAGAGAUUAGAUGAUAAAACGCGUACGUCCAGCUACAUGGGGUGAUCUCAACGUCGUUAACAUUUUUAACACAGACACACAGGUGGAAAAAAAACUAUGGAUUUCAAGAAUUUCAGUCAGUCAGUCAGCAGUCAUCUAGCUUAUAAUCUAGGGCUCAUCUGAAGCGUAGUGAAAGCAUGCUUAUGAUGUCGUACGGAUAUUUAGGGGACACAAGUUUGAAAGCAGGAACCUCCAGCAGGCACUAGCACACAGCACAUUCCAAUAGCAACCGUUUACUACCUAAAUUUACACCACACACACAGGGCAGCGUAUGUACAAUGAACCAUUUACUUUCCUAUGCGAACAAUAACAACAGACGGGUUUUUGAAUGAUUCGGUGUUGGCACAUAAGUGUGCUUCUAUUUGUCGAUUUUUAAGGAUUUCUUAAACUCACACACACACACAUUCUUCUUAAGCUUUUUUGAUGUAGAUGUAGCACGCUUUUUUACUCGGGUUUUCGAAACAAUCGGUCAGCAUUAUAUAGACAGCGGGAGUGCAGUGUGCACGUGAACGAAACACUAAACUGCGGAUCGGCUAAAGGAAGGCGCAUUUGUUAAUUUAUCUUAUUUAUUUAUUAGGCAUUAUCGCUACACAGACUGCAAACGAAUCAAAAGCAAGGCCCCAAACAAAAAUUAAACGCCGCAAACAUAGUGCAAACAUACAUGAGUAGUGGAGAGUAGUAGCGGAAAAAAAUGACAAAACAACAAAAAACAAGAGGAAAACGAGAUGCCCAUACAUUUGGUGGUUUAUUAGCGCUCGCAAAGCAAAAACGGACAGUACACAAACGACCACAGGUCAAGCUCGGCAAACGGUUUCACAAGAAAAAAAGGGUUUUAUUAGACGUUGGCAAGGAUGUGUUUGUACGGUAGUGAUGGGGGCGCUUUUGUAGAUGUAGCACAAGUCCCGUCAGUGUCUCGGGAUCGUAUGUGGCCUGCGGCGGAAUUGGUGCAAAAGCAAAGCUUAACAUAUGAUGUAAGACAAACCAGGCGGAAGCGAAUGAAGAACGAAUGUGAGAGAAAAGUAAGUAGUGUGUGUGUAUAAACAAUUGAUGCGGGGUUUGGGAAAGGCAAGGAAAAUAGGGGAACGCCACAUAUUUAACGGCUUCAGGUGGGAUGAUCGUCAAACUGCUGGCGCAAGUAAUUAAACUGGGUAAAGGGCAGACACCAAUCUGCGACGUGUGGAACAAAGCAAACCAACAAAACAGAAAACUGAAAGAUUUCCUUUUUUUACUGUAUAAAUCUAUAUAAUAUUGAUAUGAAUGUAGAGCGUAGGGCGUAAGUAACUAUUAUACAGAUUUGUGGUAGAUUGUCAUAUAUUAUUAUACUAUAUAUAUAUAUAUUAUUAUAUAUAUCAUAAUUAUUAUUAUAUAUAUAUUCUUUAAUGGGAUGAUGGGUAGGCGUGUGCAUGCUUUCGUGUAUGCAUUCCAUCUGACGAAAUUGUGCGAGAAAACAAAGAAAGCGAGCGAAGGACCAAUCGAACGGGACAAACAAAAUGAAAUCGGAAAUGAGUGAGUGUAUUACUGAGCUUUGAAUUCAUAGAAAAUCCACGGUAUAAUGUCCUUGUUUUUUAUUUGGUUUUAACAACCACGUCUCCAU